UCUGAGACUAAACCACCAAAAUUGGUCCUUGAGAGACGACCUAGGAGUCACAUCCUAGUUAAUAUACUGCAUUCAUUAUUGCACAUCAAAUUUGUAUGGGUCGCGACAGCUCGUAUCAAAAUUUUGGCGCCGUUGCUGGGGACCAAAGGUUUGGUUUUGGGUCUUUUGUUGUUUUCUGUUAUGUGUGUUUUUGUGUACAUGUGAUAUAUGUUUUAAGUUUUUGUUUUGUUAAUAUUUGUUGUUGUGUUUUAUCUUGUGUUGUGAUGUAAUGUUUUGUUUUGUGCAUGCAUGUCGUAUGAGUUUUGUUAAUUUAAAAAAUAAAUAUAUAUUAGUUUUCCCUCCAUGUUAUGUUUCUGUAUAUUUCUUUCUAUACAAUCUUUGUUUGAAGAGGGAGUCCAAGUCUGAGAGAGGUUUUGAACUAGAAUAGAGAAAAUGACAGAUUCUCAAGACUGGAUGUAUGAGAUAGUCAAGAGUCUUCCCAAAUUCCAUGGGUUGGCACAUGAAGAUCCAUACAGGCACCUCAAGGAGUUUCGUUUGGUGUGUUUAUCUAUGAGGCAUGCUGGUGUUUCAAAGGAGACAGUGUUGAUAAAAAUGUUUCCCAUGUCCCUUCAAGAUGAAGCAAGAGACUGGUUCAUAUACCAGUAUCCUUUUAAUAGUUGGCAGGAAACACAACAAAAAUUCUUCGACAAGUUCUUUCCAGCAGCAAAGGUGAGCAGCAUUAGGAUGAAGAUCACUUCCAUUGAGCAGUUUCAAGAAGAAAACUUAGCAGAUUAUUGGGAGAGGUUUAAUAUGCUCUGCACAACUUGUCCAAACCACCAAAUUCCAGAGCAUUUGCUCUUGACUUAUUUUUAUGAAGGGCUCCUGGACAAUGAAAGGAUACUUGUGGAUGCAGCUAUUGGUGGAUGUUGGAUGGAUAUAACCCCAACAAAAGCGAGGAAGUUGCUCUGCAAGCUGGCUGGUGAAAGUCCAAUUGAGGUAGCAAAGGAAGAACCUGAGCAGCUUGUUCUGGAUUCUGACAUUGAUAGCCUUGAGGAUGAAGCUGAUAACUUGGAGUUUGGUAAGAAAUUUCUCAGUGAGCAAAAACAGGUUUAUUCUGAACCUGAGAUUCCAAUUUUACCAGAUUUGCCUACACAUUCAAAUGCAUGUGAUUUGACGCACACUGAUUCUAUAGGGUUUAUGACUGAUACUGAUACAAAUUCGAUUGACCAUUCUAAAAUUUUUAAUUCAGUGUCAGCCAUUGAACCCAUUAGUGAGAGUAGCGUCAAUAUUAAUUUUGAAAGAAAAACUAUGCAAUCUGAUGACUUUACAGAGUUAGGAUUAAACUUUGAUUUAACACAGUUUUCUGAAAAUUUUGAAUGUGACUGUGAAUCUGAUUCUUGCUCCAUUUGUGUUGAAAUUGAUUAUGCAUUACAGCGAGACUCUAAGUUUAUUACAGAUGCUAUUAAUUGUGAGUUUGAUGACAAGGAUGCAGAGUUCAAAAAGAAUGCAGGUGCUCACAUUAAGGAAUGCAUGAUUAAUGAAGAAGAGUAUACUGCUACUUCUUUGAGCGAGCCAGAGAUAGCUAUUCCGGUGUCACACACCAAACAAAUGCUAGUGGAAGGAGAGAUACUGCUGAAACAAAUUGCAAAGAGAAAAAUAUUGAUGAAGCAGUUCUUCCCCAAAUUUUCUUUGCUGGAUCCUGAGGCGAAGAACAUCUCCCUGCUUGUCCAAGUUUGGCAACUGCCACCAUAACCAGGGGAGUUUUCCUGUUCAUUCUUCCCUUAAUUUUCUUGGUUUGCGAAUUAGGGGAGAAUUCUGAUUUUCUUAGUUUAUGAUUUUUUUUUUGUUUAAAAAAAAAAAUAAAUAAAUAAAAUAAAAUAAAAAAAUAAAAAAAAAAAUUUUGUGUUCUCUUUCAGGUGUGUUAUUUUGUUAAUAUAUGUAUUGUAAAUAUGUUUUUUUUUGUCUGCUGUUUUUGACAUUACGUUUUGUGUGCUUUGAUUUUGUGUGUUCGGUAUUGGUCUUUUGUUUUGUUAACUUGUAUUCUGUUUUAUUUAUUUAUUUAGUUUUUGUUUAAAAAAAAAAAAAAAAAAAAAAAAAAAAAACAACGCAAGUGCAGAAUUAACAUGUAAUGGCAGAGAGGUAUAUAGUUUGAACAAAGACUUCAUUUGAGUGCAUUUAUUGAAAAAACCUUACACCGAAAGCAUUCUGUCUUACAUUGAUAAUAAAUAUAAAAUACAUAAAAACAUAAUAAAGAUAUUCAGGGUUCGAUCAUUUCUGAUCGUUAAGUAUUACAGACCAUAAAAAAAACAUAAAAAAAAAAACAUAAAAACAUAAAAAAAAAAAAAAUUAAGUGUUCAGAUUACAUGCCUUGUUCAAAUUCUGGCCACACUCGGCCAGCUAAAACAAAAAAAAAAAAAAAAAAAAAACAUUAAAACUUCAACGAAAGAAUUCCCGAGCUGGUUGUGGCGGUCUAAGGGAGAGCUCCGUCGAGGGAGCUCUGGUUCGGAAUGUGAGAAUCAUGGGUGGCUGGAUUUGUCGUACGUCUCUGUCGUCGUCGAUGAUGAUCGGGACUGGGAACAAAUCCAGCAGCCUUGGUGCCCUCAUUACCACCCAGCCAUUUUCUUUCAAAAAAAAAAAAAAUCUUGUUAAUAAUAAUAAUAAUAAAAAAAAAAAUUCAAUAAAAAUUGAGAUCUGAUGAGAGUUCUUACCGUACAUAUACAGCGGCAGUUGUGAAAACUGAGUGCCAGUGGGGUCUAUCUCCGCUUGCCAGCGCCUGACCCGAUUGCCGUGAUUGUUGAACCAGCAGUGCACGUUGUAUUCGCUGGCAUCUCCGUAGGUCCUUAGUCGAGACGUGAUCUCGAUGACUUGCGCUCGGCUUGGAUGAGUGACCCCAUAGUUGAAGAUGUUGGUCAUCAUCUUGACUUGAUCAUCUGUUGGGCGCCACCGCUGACUCGUGUAUCUCUCGAUUUCCAUCUCACUCAUCAUAUUUUCUAAAAAAAUAUAUAUAAAAAUAAAAAGAACAAAAACAUAAAAAAAAAACAUAAAAAAAAAAUAUAUAAAAUAAAAGGAAAAACAAGAAGCAUAAAAAAAAAAAAAAAAUUAGAUUAGUUCUGUGUUUUCUUUAUUUGUUCUUGUUUUCUUUUAGAUUUAUUUUGCCCAGUCUGUAUUUGAUGUUUCAGUGUUUGGUCUCAGAUCUGUUUCACGGUCCUUGCAAAGGGUCCUAAACGGAUCUACGUCCAAAUGUCCUGUUGUCCUUAUUGUUCUUGUAUAUUAUGUUUCUGUGUUUAUUUUGUUUUAAGUGGGGUACGUGGCGUUGUUCUACCCGAUUGUCUCUGCCAUACCUUCAAACGAAGGGAGAUUAACGUCUGGUUUCCAGCCGAUAUACCCCUUAAAUUUUAUGACAAUUGUGUUUUAUGUGUUUAAGUGUUUUAAGUUUCAGAAAGAAAAAAAAAAUUGAAAAGGAGAAGAUAGAAGCAGGUAAAGGGAGAGGUAGAGCAGGAAAGAAAGAAGCAAGACAGAGCUGAAAUAUAAAGGAAAGCAGGGCAGAAGAAAAAAAAAAGAGGGAAAGCUUAAAAGGAAAAUAAUCGGGGGAGAGGGUGAGAAAAGCUGAGAAAGCGCAAGAGAAGGCAAAAAGAAAUGAAGAACGAAGUGCAUAACGUAAAUAAAUUACAAGAAAACAGAAAGAAAGGGAGAUCCAGGAGCAGAGGACUUACCUGGAGUAGUAGGCUGGCAGAGAAGCUCCUCGGGGUUCUUAGACUCUUCAGAUGGCACCGGGGCAGAGGCUCCGCAGAGAUCCCAGACGCUCAAGUUGAGAGUGAAAGGAGAGCGAAGAGAGGAGUAGAGAGAUAAGAGAGGAGUAGAGAGAGAGAGAGAGCAGGGAAUCAGAAAUGUCGCUCUGACGCCAAGAUUGGCCUAUUUAUAGGCAAAUUGUUUCCACUGUAGCAACAGUUCCGGUCGUUGCCACCGAGACUGUUGUCACAGUACCGGUAUCCUUUUCAAAAAAAAAAAAAAAUUAAAUUAAUUAGCAUCUACUGAUGGGUGCUAGGUGAUUUCGACAUCUGCUGAUGGAUGUCACUGAUAACAUCUACUGAUGGAUGUUACUUUUCUUUCUCUCCCUUUUUCAUACUUUUAUUGCACUUGUCCAUGAUAUGUUUCAUGUUUUGAUUGAUGAUGUAUGCUUAUAACACAUUGAGGACAAUGUGUAAUUUAAGUGUGGUCUAUUGGGAGAGAUUCUGAUUUUUCUUUGUUUUGUGUGAAAUUUUUUCUGAUUUAAGUUGUUUUUAGUGUGUUUUGUGUGCAAUAAAUUUUACAUUUUUUUUCUCUUGAUUUCUGGAUUUUAUUUAAAUUUAAGUUGUAGACUUAUCUUUCACUUCAUUUGACUGAUACUUAUGGUAUGAAAUCUAUGUUUUUUCUUUGCUUGGAAAGAUGAUUAUACGUUUGAGAGGUUGAUUUGAUUGUGACGAAUACCCUAUGUGAGAUUUGAGCCACUUAAUUUUCUUUCUUGUGUGUGAUAUGUCUCUUGAUUGCUUGCACAUAUGCCUUGGCUUGAUUCUUUUUGAUAUACUUGAUUUAUAUGCAUUUUUGGAAGUGAUAAAGGCAUUUUUGUUCUUGAGCCUCUUUAGCCAAAUAAGCCUACCUUGUUAUUAUCCUUUGAUAACCCCUUUGAGCCUAUACUGUAUAUAUUUCUUUGUGUUGAAGCUCAUACACUGAUCCUAAGUGAAAAACAAAUGAUUACCUUAACCUUAGGAAAGUCUGGAGCUAUAGAAGUAUUUUGUGAAUAAGUGUGGUCUCCUUGGGAAUUCUGAUGAAUUGGCUAGUUGGUUCCUCAUCAUGUUUUGAAAUGAAAAUUUAUAUCCUGUUGUGUGAUAAAAAAAUAAAAAAAUAAAAAAAAGACAGGAUAAAAAAAAAUGAUGAGAAAAAGAGAAAAUAAAUUGAAAAAUAAUUUUGUGAAUAAUGGAGUCGAGAAGAGGAUUGAAUUAGAGGUUUGGGUGAGAUUUCACUGUGUUUACAUUUUUUCCCUAGUGCACCUCUAUUUUUUCUGAGCUAUAGCUACUUAUCCAAAUUUAUCCUCCCCUGUCCUUGGCCCCAUUACAACCCAGUAAAGACCUUUUGAUCUGAAUAUGCAUAUGAUUUAAGUAUUGAUAAUUAGAAGCUUGCCAAGUCUACUUGUGUUUGUUUUCUUGAGUACAUCGAGCUGAUAUUAUUAUUUACCCUAGACACUUGAGAGAAACACUGUGAGUGCAUCUGUGAGGUUUUGUUAUUUUUAAAUCACCUCUUAAGCUGAUUAAUCAUUUUGCUAUGUAUUGAAUUGCUUGGAUGAUUUCUGUAAGUAUGUGCUUUUCUUGACUGUGUUGGAUAUUGUCUAUUUCUUUUCUCUGUCCAGACUUCUUGAGAACUUUGUAAAUUCUGUUUAAUUUUUUCGUGAGUCUUUAUUUUUCUGUCUGCUGAGUUUGUGUCACCUUCCUAAAAGUCCUUUGAACUAUUCCCUGAUUUGCGUCUUGAUUUUGCCCAGGAGUGCAAAAGACUAAGUGUGGUCUAUUUUGAUGAGUCAAUAUUUUAUUGAUUUCACUUAGCUUAUUGUACCGAAUUUAAUCAAGGAAUUGUGCUUGAAUGUACAAUAUUAUCCUAUUUUUCCUAAUUGUGUUUAAUUUGAUUGGAAAUUCUUAUUUUAACUAAUUUGAAUUAUCUGAGCUAAUUAUUUUGUAAGGAAAAAUUUUGAAAAUAGAAAUUGUGACAUUUGGAAGGAUAAUUAUUCACACACUGUGCUAUUUAAUUGAAAGAAGUUAUACUGUAUUAUUUUGUGUUGAAUAAAGAAAAGAUGUACCGGAGACUUCAGUUAGAACAUGCGCUUUGGCUUGGUUAAAAGAGUAGAAGAGAGAAAAUUCAACUCGUUUUCUUUUGGAAGGAAGGCACAUGGGCGUUGCAUCUUUGAGAGAAGGUGACAUCCACAUGACAUGGGAAUGGUGUGAAAUUGAUUAAUUAUGGAGAGGAUGUGCGUGAAAGUUCCGUUCCUACUUCUACACAUAGAAGUUUUUGGUUUUAUAUUAUUUUAACAAAGAGAAGGAUGUACACGUAUUGAAGGAAAGAAAAUAUAUAAUUGGUGUGUACAUGCCACGGUUUCACAACAAAGGUGGAGGGACCCUUACUCAAUUUUGAUUCAAGAAAAGUCUUAAGACAAUUUGACUUGGAACAAACCAACAAAGAAACUCACGGCUGCAACAUCACAGUGGAAGCAUGACAUGGAACUACACAUUUGUGAAAAUGUUCCAACAAAGCAUAGACAACACCACCACGUGAAGCUAUACUCCAUGCUGGUUCAACUUAGGAAAUGCACACGGGAUGGGGAAUUGAAAGUAUAUGAACUUGAUAAUAUAAAAAAAAAAGAGACUUCAUUCCCUUCAUGCACAUGGUCAUGGCCAAACACAUUGCUGCUGCAUCCAGAAUAUACCAGUUUCGGUUUUCCCAGCAGCUGCCUUGCAUCCAGAAGAGCUCACGGCUACUAUAGAGAAAAAUGCACACGGAGAGAAGAAAGAAGUGUUGUCAAGGCAUGGUUGAAAAGCUCCAAGCACGACUGACUUCAUUUGGAAGAAGUGGUGUUUCUAUAUUAAUUAGGUGUGUGGGGUGAAGUCACGUUCAGGUACUGCAGCGGGCUUCACUGGAUUCAUUUGGAUUCAUGAAGAGUUAUUUUCGUUUAGGAGGAGUUUGAUAAUGGAGAGUCCACUUCCUUUUGGUACAUCCAUGAGAUGCAUUUUAGAGAUGAUUAAUUGGUGAAAAAAACUAAAAGUCAAAAAAAAGUAGGGACCAAAACUUGGAAUGAAGAAGUGGGUUUUCUUUUAAAUAUUGGAAAGUGAAAAUUGGACCGUGAAAGGGAGAAGAAGACACAGACAUCAAUUUAAUGAAGGACCCCAUCACUCAUUUUUGUCAUCCUUCCAAGCAAAUAAAAGGGUGAUGGAUUGAAGAACCAAAGGAGGGUGUGGAAGGGGGAGCCGUGAAGAGCUGCAGCAGGGGGCUGGAAAAAUCCAGCAAGGGGCUGGACAGUAAAGGGGCUGGAAUAGCAGAUGGAAUCACACUACAACAUGGAGUGUUACGGUUAAGAUGUUGAGCAGUGUACACCAUAGAUGGAGGUGCGUCACUUGAAGAUGUACUAGAAGAAGAAAAUUUGGAGGACGCUAACCUGGUGGAUGUGGAAGUUAAAGCCGAGCCUUAGAGCGCUCACAUGUGUAUUUAGUUUUGUUACAUUUAAUUGUGGACGUUUGGUUAUAGUUUUGUAAGACCGUUCGUCUCUGAACUCUUGCUUGUAUCGCGUUCGUUUUUAUUUCUGUAUGUUUAUGCC